AUGAUGCGUCCUGGAAGAUCUACACAUUCGGUAUGCGCUCGCUGUUUGACGCGCAGUCGGCUCUUCUCGACCACUUCACAGCCACGCGGACAGCAACAGCAAAAUGCGAUUCCUCCUUCCCCACCGCGGGCCGGUUAUACUCGACUGACGAACCGGGGAUUGAUCACCAUUACAGGAGCAGACAGCACUACGUUCCUUCAAGGGCUGAUCACCCAGAAUAUGCUGGUCACGAAUGACCCGAAUCGAGCCGCUCGUCGAACCGGGUCCUAUACCGCUUUCCUCAAUUCCCAGGGCCGGAUAUUGAACGAUGCGUUUAUUUAUCCAUUUCCCAAGACCGACAGUGAGGCAGCCUCGCUUGACGACCCGGCCUGGAUUGUUGAGGUGGAUAAGAACGAGGUGCCAACUCUCAUGAAGCAUCUCAAGAAGCACAAACUCCGCGCCAAGCUGAAGUUGCGUGCUCUCGAGGACGGGGAGCGCACCGUCUGGUCUGCCUGGAAGGAUCAUACCGAGCCCCGAUGGGCGGCUUACAAUCUCGAGUCUGAUUCUUCAUCGCCAUUUUCGCCGGACUCGCCUGUUGCGGGGUGCGUUGAUACCCGUGCCCCAGGAUUUGGAUCCCGACUCGUCACCCCCGGGGCGGAAGACCUCCGGAUUCAUCUUCCUGAUGAAUCUCAGAUUGCAGGGUCCGAAGUCGACCUGGGGUCGUACACUGUACGCAGAAUGCUGCAUGGUGUGGCGGAAGGUCAGAGUGAAAUAAUCCGCGAGUCUGCUCUUCCGAUGGAGUCCAACAUGGACAUGACGCGGGGGGUUGAUUUCCGCAAGGGCUGCUAUGUCGGCCAAGAGCUUACGAUCCGUACUCACCACACGGGUAUUGUUCGGAAGCGUAUUGUCCCUGUGCAGCUUUACACAGGCGAGCAAGGUGCAUUGGAAUCAGCCGAGACUCCUGUGUAUGAUCCCUCCACGGAGCUCACAUUGCCGCCUAGUGGAUCGAACAUCUCGAAGGACAGUGCACGCAAGGGCCGCAGCGCAGGUAAAUUCCUUAGCGGCAUUGGAAACAUCGGUCUUGCGUUGUGCCGACUGGAGAUGAUGACGGACAUCUCGCUUACAGGCGAAAGCAGCCAGUAUAGCCCCGGCCAGGAGUUCAAGAUCUCUUGGGCUGCCGCAGAAGGGGAAUCUUCUGGUCCUCAAGAGUCAGGGGAGGUGAAGGUGAAGGCAAUUGUGCCGCCUUGGACAAGAGAAUAUAUCAACUCUGGUGGUGUGCAAAAGAAGAAUCCCGCCAGUCGCCAGGGAGCAGAUGAAUUGGAAGGCCGACGGGCCAGGGAAUUUGUAGAGCAGUUGGAAGAAGAAGAAGAAACCGCACAACGGCGGCACGAGUAG